AGGUUUGUGUUUCUCUCACAACGCCUACACAGGUCUUUGCAGGCCAAAGAAAUCCAAGAAAUUCAAUCUCUUCAAAAUUGCCCCUUGGAAAAACAGAGCGCUCGAAUGACAAGUGUGGGGAAGGCGGGAGGCGAAGAUGCGGAGUGCGGAAACACAAGGACCAGGGGAGCUAAACUACAUUUCCCAGAAAGCCACGGGCUGGCCUACAACCACCGCGCCCCCCAAGUCCGCUGGAAGCCUCCGUCUCGCUUCUCCAGGAACCGGUUUGCCGCUGUCCCCUUUUCUAAGGAACGUAGGGAAAGCCAGGGAAGGAAAGGCAUUUUACUGCAGCAACGAAGGUUUAGCCACUAGAGUGUCUUUCUGAGCCGUGGUUAUUCCGACCUUCGCUUGUAAAGGCAUUGGGAAACCCACGGCCCACGUGACCAUCCCGGGUCAUGUGACUCCAGAACCCGGCAGCUGAAGUCUGUUACUCUGACAACUAGUGGACCCGCACACCUUCCGGGAAAGCGCGGAAUUCAGAGGCAGAGUGUUUCCAAUGUUUGAGAUACUUUAGAAUGUUUGCUUUGGGAGGUCAAAAUUGUUGACUAUGGCUAACUAUUCCCAAGAAGAGCUAGAUGAAGAGUUUGAACAGUUUAUGAAAGAGCUUUCAGAUGAUUCUUUUGAAAAUUCAGACAAAACAGCUAGACAAUCUAAAAAAGAGAUGAAGAAGAAAGAUACAGUACCUUGGUGGAUAACUGAAGAUGAUUUUAAAGAUGGACUGCUUGGAACAAAUGUGAGCUAUUUGAAAACAAAGAAGACUUCUCAGCCUGUUAUGGAAAUAGAAGAGGAAUCUGCUGAAAAGAUUCAAUUUCUUAAGAGCAGUGGAACCUCUCUCUUAAGUACUGAUAGCUUAGAAACAAAUGUAGUUUCUGAGCUCAACCAUAGUAUUCUCGGAGUGGGAUUGGACACAUUAGAAGAACAAGAGGAGAAAGAACAAUUUUUUGCCAGGCUUGAGAAAGGCUUGACAUCUUCCAUUGAUUAUUCGAGAUUAAAUAAGGAAUUGGAUUCUAAUGACUCUACACAUUUUAAAGCUUUACAUAGUAAUCAAGCCAACACAGAACUAACUGAUGAUGAACAUGAGAAUGAAUCGAAACAUGAAGAACUGGCAGAAAAUUACAGUGAUGAUUUUGAAGAUGAGUAUGUUGGUGCGCCGUUGACUACUAAAGAUGAAGAGACGCCUUCCAAAGAGAAUUCCAAAUCAGAAAAAAUAACUGUACCCAAACAGGAAGAAGAAAAAACUGGCAUGCUUGCUAAUGUUGUGCUGCUUGAUUCAUUGGACUCUGUUGCAGAGGUCAAUCUUGAUGAACAAGAUAAAAUAACACCUAAGCCAAGGGGCCUACCAGAAAUGACUGAGAAUGAAAUGACAGAAACAGGUGUUUCUUAUGGACAAAGCAGUAGUGACAUUGAAGCCCUACAUCAAGCUUAUUGUCAUAUAGCCCAUUCAUUGGGAGAUGAAGACAAACAAAAAAUUGAGAGUAACACAGUGGAAGAUAUCAAGAGCACAGUGAAAGGUCAUCCUCAAGAAAAUGAAGAGAAUUCAAAAAACAUCUCUACUAUGGAAUCUGAUCUGCCCACAGUAGAGGAGCUGAUGAAACCUAUCAGAAUAGAUUCCUUUGGGAUCAGUGGUUUUGAUUUACAACCUGUCAGCUCUGAGAAAGUGGCCGAAAGAAAAGAAACUGAAUUUUUUAGCUCUUUACCCCUGAAGAUGAACCCAAAUAUUAUAUCUCAAGACUCACAACAUGUGAACCUUUUUUUUGACAAAAAUGAUGAGAAUGUGAUUUUACAAAAGACCACAAAUGAGAGUAUGGAAGACAGCUGUCCACAAGUAACUGCCACAGAAGAACAUGUUGAUAAAAUGUACCUUAAUAUUUUGAGGAAAAAAAUAUCUGUUAAUUCUUCAUCAUCUCAGGAUGACAAAAUUAGUAAAACUUACAGAUCUCAACUUAGUUCUGAAGAAGAAGGGGCUGUAAUGGGUAAACAGGUACCAUACAAGAAGGCCAGAAGUGCACCUCCUUUACUUAAAAGGAAACCCCAGAGUGGAUUAUAUGCGUCAGUUAGGAGCUCAGGCUAUGGCAAACCCAGUUCACCACUCAAGAUGUUUUCUACUCUUGAAAAGAAAACUUCAGAGGAAAUUAUAAAAAGCAAAAACUUGAGAUCGAUUUCCACCUCCAGUCAACCUAGGAAAAAAGAAAUCUUAUCUGGAACAAAACUCAUCAAGCCUGCAGCUUUGGAUAAACCAACUCCCAAAACUGAAAGUUGCCUGUCUACUCCUAAGAAGUCUGAAAAUCCCACAGAAACUGAUUCCUGUAUUCAGUUUCAGACUGAUUCCUUAGGAUACUGUGGUGAGAACAAGGAGAAGGAAUUACUUAUGUUUAAAAGAGUUCAGGAAGCAGAGGAAAAAUGGAGGGGUGCACAAGCCUUAAUUGAGCAAAUUAAAGCCACAUUCUCAGAAAAGGAGACAGAACUAGAAAAUAAGUUGGAAGAACUAAAGAAACAACAGGAAAAAGAACUCUUCAAAUUGAAUCAAGAUAAUUAUAUUCUUCAAGCCAAGUUAAGCAGCUUUGAAGAAACAAACAAAAAACAAAGGUGGUUACAUUUUGGAGAAGCAGCUGAUCCUGUCACUGGAGAAAAGUUGAAGCAAAUCCAAAAAGAAAUACAAGAACAAGAGACACUUCUUCAAGGAUAUCAACAGGAAAAUGAACGAUUAUAUAAUCAAGUAAAAGAUCUCCAAGAACAAAACAAGAAAAAUGAGGAGCAAAUGUUUAAGGAAAACCAAAGUUUAUUCAAUGAGGUAGCUUCCUUAAAAGAACAGAUGCACAAAAGUCGUUUUCUGUCUCAAGUAGUUGAAGAUUCAGAGCCCACAAGAAAUCAGAAUUUUACAGAUCUGUUAGCAGAACUACGGAUGGCACAGAAAGAAAAAGACAGUUUAUUGGAAGACAUCAAAAGACUGAAACAAGACAAACAAGCUCUUGAAGUAGACUUGGAAAAAAUGAAGAAAGAGAGGGACCAAGCCAAAGAUCAGAUUGCUUAUGUCACAGGUGAGAAAUUAUAUGAAAUAAAAAUUUUAGAAGAAACACAUAAACAAGAAAUCAGUCGUCUGCAAAAAAGAUUACAGUGGUAUGCUGAAAAUCAGGAACUUCUGGAUAAAGAUGCACUUCGGCUUAGAGAAGCAAAUGAGGAAAUUGAGAAGCUCGAACUUGAGAUUGAGAAACUGAAAGCUGAAUCUGGGAAUCCAUCUGUUCAGCAGAAGAUACGCUUAAAAGAUAAAGCAGCAGAUGCCAAAAAAAUUCAGGAUCUGGAGCGACAAGUUAAGGAAAUGGAAGGGAUUCUGAAGAGAAGAUAUCCCAAUUCUUUACCUGCUUUAAUAUUGGCUGCAUCAGCAGCUGGUGAUACAGUGGAUAAAAAUACAGUGGAAUUUAUGGAGAAAAGGAUAAAAAAGCUAGAAGCUGAUCUGGAGGGCAAAGAUGAAGACGCAAAGAAAAGCCUUCGUACCAUGGAACAACAGUUUCAGAAAAUGAAGAUUCAGUAUGAACAAAGACUAGAGCAGCAGGAGCAGCUACUUGCCUGCAAAUUGAAUCAACAUGACUCUCCCAGAAUUAAAGCACUAGAGAAGGAACUUGAUGACAUCAAGGAAGCCCAUCAGAUCACUGUAAGAAAACUUGAAGCCGAAAUAGACGUUCUUAAACAUCAGAAUGCUGAAUUAGACGUCAAGAAAAAUGAUAAAGAUGAUAAAGAUUUUCAGUCUAUAGAAUUCCAGGUGGAACAGGCUCAUGCUAAAGCUAAAUUAGUAAGACUCAAUGAAGAACUGGCUGCAAAAAAGAGAGAAAUACAAGACCUCUCAAAAACUGUGGAGAGGCUUCAGAAAGACAGAAGAAUGAUACUAUCAAAUCAGAACUCCAAGGGCAGAGAGGAAAUGUCUGCCAAAAGGGCAAAGAAAGAUGUUUUGCACUCAAGUAAAGGAAAUGCUAACUCCUUCCCUGGAACCCUGGACAGCAAGCUUUACCAACCGCAUACUUUCACUGAUUCCCAUGUUUCAGAAGUUUUACAAGAAAACUACAGAUUAAAAAAUGAGCUAGAGGGAUUAAUUUCAGAGAAGAAUGAACUGAAGAUGAAAUCUGAAGCAGCGAUGAAUCAAUUUGAAAACUCCAUGAGAAGGGUCAAGGAAGAUACUGCAGCACACAUUGCAUCCCUCAAAGCAUCUCAUCAGAGAGAAAUAGAGAAACUCCUUUGCCAAAAUGCAGUAGAAAAUUCUUCUUCCAAAGUAGCUGAACUAAAUCGUAAAAUAGCAACUCAAGAGGUACUUAUAAGACAUUUCCAAAGUCAAGUUAAUGAGCUGCAGAGUAAACAAGAGUCUCUUGUAGUCUCUCAAGUUCGAGAAGAAAUUCUACAGAAAGAGAUUACAAAACUCUUAGAAGAAUUGAGAGAAGCCAAAGAAAACCAUACACCAGAGAUGAAACAUUUCGUGGGCUUAGAAAAGAAAAUUAAGCAGAUGGAAGUGAGACAUGCACAAAGAGAACAGGAACUUCAACAGAUAAUACAGCAAACACACCAAGUAGUAGAAACUGAGCAAAACAAAGAAGUUGAAAAAUGGAAAAGACUGGCACAGUUAAAGAAUUGCGAGCUGGAGAAGUUCCGCACAGAACUAGACUCAAUAUUAGAUGUUCUCCGAGAGCUGCACCGGCAAGGGGUGGUUGUGCCAGUUGCUUUUGCAGAUGAAAUGAAUGCACCAGAGGAUUAAUAGAAACUCAGAUUUCAUAAUGACCUUAUUAAAAGGCCUAAAGAUGGAUGGGAUUGUGCCACUGUCAGGACAGCUUAUGAAAAACAAGUGUUCCAAUAUGUUUCCAGAAAGCAAACAACCAAAGCAACAUUUCAAAAUAAAUUGCCUUUAACCAAUAAGAAAAAAAA